AUGUCGACAAAUCUCCAAGACUACAUCGAGCUCCUUACUGCCGAACAGCAUGUACAGGUUGACAAGUUACGCGAGAGCGCGCGGAACGGCGUGUCACCGCGUGUGAGAGGACACGUGCUAACUCUCCCAGGAAGUGUGGAUGUACCUCCUCGGCGUGCUCAGCUCGGACAAGACAAACGAAAUGACGUCUCUCAAGAUCUUGCGGACCGAAUACGCCGCGCUCCCCUCGUCUUUGCCGUCCGACCUGCAGUCCACAUUGCUGCAAACAGCGCUGGCACACCACACGCGUCGGUUCGAGUCGCCGACAUACGAGAGCCUGAUCACGACUCUCACCUCCGAACAGAGCUUGCCCGCGGAGCAAUGAGCUUUUCCCCAAACCUCCCACCAGGACCGCAAGGUGCCCCACCACCGCUAUCUCUUGAGGACGGAGGCAUGAGCUGGCGUGGAAAAGGCUUCCUCUUGCCACCACCCUCGGCCCCGCCAACACGGCACGCCUACCUCACCCUGAUAGAGGAGGUGUUGGGCAAGUACUGGCAUGCAGCGGGUAUGCCCGACGAUCCAGACCCACACAGCGACCUCCAACCCCGGCCGGCAUGGGCCCCAGGCAUGCCUCCGGCCCCUGCUGACUGGGUCUACCUCGCCACGCCGUUUGUCUGUGUUCUCUCGCGACCUCUUGCUGUCUUUUAUUCGUUUGAAAAGCUCGUCGACCGCCUAAGUUCCUUCCCUCCGCUCCCUUCGCGCCUCGGUACGAUCCUCGGCCUCUUCCGCAGCGCGCUCCCAGACCUCCACGCAUACUUUGAGGACGAGCAAGUACCUAUGAUUGCCGUGGCAAUGUCGUGGAUGACAACAUUGCUCUCGCGCGAAAUGUGGCUCGGCGACGUGUUGAGGCUAUGGGAUUCUUAUCUCGCUGCCGACAACAUGUUUGCGCUGCACUGCUACGUCUGCGUAGCGAUUCUUGCAACUUGUAAAGAAACGCUCGAGGAGCUGGACGGGUCCGAGGCCAAGCUCAUGCUGCUGGACCUUCCACCCAUGGAUGUCGAUAGGCUACUCCAAGACGCGGCCAACCUCAAGGUCCAAUACUCAUUACCAGGGCCAAUCGACGCAGACGACGACGAACCAUGA